AUGAAUUACUUGCAACAACACUAUCCAGAUUUCUCUUAAUUUGGAUAAUAAAACUUCUAAAAUCCCCAGAUUGAUCAUCAAAAUCUUGGAAAUUACCCUCAGGUAAACUCCUAAUAGUUCCCUUCUUAGAUCCAUCAUCAAUAACAGCCAUCAAUCGAUUCAACAAUAAGAGCUUAUAAUAAUCAUAAUCCCUCUAAUAAUUCUAACUCAUCUUUACUCGGAAUGAACUCUCAUCAUAACUCUUAAAAUCAAGCACUUGAUGAUAUGAGAAGACAGGAGAUUCUGUAAAAGUUAUAGCAAGAAAGAUAAAUGCGUAGGUAAUUUGUUUAAGAUGGGAAGGCGAAUGAGUUUAAAUUGGACACUAUUGCUUCAGCAAGAUAAACUAUGGAUUAAGAGUAGAGCAAUUUCAAAAAUGAAGUAAACAACUCUAUUAACUUUCAGAACUAAAGAGCACACAAUGGGGGUUAUGGAAAUGGCGCUUUGACUAAUUAGUAUAAUAGUAAUAGCAAAACUUUUGAUUACAAUUAAAAUCACCAAAACAACAAUCAUGGGAGCUAAUUCAACUCCAAUGGGCAAAUUGAGUCAGAUGUCUCAAACUAAAAGCAAGAUUUAGUUCAUAAACUGUUGAAUGAAAGAAGGGCAAGUAGAUCUAAAACAUCUAUAAAUCAAUCUCAUAUCACCUAAAAUUCUCAUAAUCAUUCUGAAGUUUCUCCUGAUAUUGGUGGAUACAACCCAGAGGCACUAUAUUAAGAAGAGGUAUUCUAGAAUCAAUUUGAGUUAGAAAAUCAAAACAAUCAAAAUGCUCGCUACUAAAAAUUCAACUUGACUAGUCAAUCAUCAAAUAAUCUAGGUGGGACAUCAUUCGAUGAUUAGAAGUAUAGAGACGCAGUUGAGUAUGCCAAGCAUUAAAUCUAAUAAGAACUAAAAAAGAAACAGCAGAUUAACUAAAUCUACAAUAACAAUGACUUUGUAGACUCUUAUCCAGUAAAUUAUACUUCAUAUUAUAACAUCUUUUAUUAUGGAAGUUAACCACCUGAGCCUGAGAGAUGGAAUCCUAGUAAGCAGACUGACUCUUUGAGUAAAAAUCCAAAUAUUAUGUAAAACUAUCUUGACUUUGCCAAUAAUGGGCUACCCCCUAAUGUCAAAAAUAUGGAUAAAAAAAUUGCUAAUAAUUCUUAAUCAAAGUCAAUACUCGAAAUGAACAAGAAAAAUAGCCAAAGGUCUAAUAGAGGUUAAGCCACUAAUGCAUAAAAUCAUAAUUUUAACUAUGAAUCAGAAGAUGAUUAAAAAAUGAGAAUUGGAGGUAUGACUGGCAUAGGAACUGGAACUAAGAAUCUUUAGAGGCCACAGUCUGCUUAAUUCAGAUAAGUUGAAAAUAGAACAUUUAGUAAGGAGGGAAGAUCAGGGGGACCGCCAGAGUACAUGAAAAACACCGUAAAUGCUGAUCUAAAGAGAGGUCCACAACCUACGGUAAAUAAGACAAAGCAGCUCAUUACUGAGGCUGAGAAAAAAUUCUAGGAGGAGCAUACUUUCAAGCCCAAAGUUAAUGAUUACUAAGUACCUCCUAGCAAAGAAUUCUCCAAAGAGGAGAGAUGGAAGAAGUUAACCGAGCCAAAAACCACAGAAAUCCAAAAAAGAGAAUUAAUAAAGGCAAAAAUUGAGUAAGAAGAGACAAUUAAAUAAUGCACUUUUUAACCAUCAAUUACUAAAUCAAACAAAAAAAGUGCAAGAAAACAUAGGAAUAAGGAAAAUGAUGAUAUUCCAUUGCCAGAAAGGCUAAUGCAUGAAGCUGAUAUUCGUAAAGAAAAGCGUGAAAAACUCAAAAGAGAAGUUGAAUAAGAGUAAAUGAAAGAUUGCAGCUUCAAGCCACAAUUAAUGGCAUAGUCUAACUCAGUAGUAAAUGUCAAUAAAUUUGGCAAUUAAGUCCCAAUUCAUGAGAGAGUUGGUCACUUAUAAAAAGAAAAGAAUGAAAAAUUAUAGAAACUUAGAAUGAAAUCUGAAUAGGAGCAAUAAGAUUUGACCUUCCAUCCAUAAGUUAAUACAAAAUCUGCCAAAAUCACAACAGUUAAGAGAAUGGAGGAGGAAAGUCGUCCAAAAGAUGUUGUAGAAAGGCUUUAUUAAGAUGCUGCUAAUAAAAUAAACAAAUAAAUGUAGCAGCAUGAAUCUUACAAUGAGCAGCUAUAAAAAGAUUACUCAUUUUAGCCUCAUAUUUCUAAAACAUCUAACUAUCUUUCUGAGAAAUCCGAUUUGUUCAACGGUAAUUUAAAAGAUUUUUAUGAAAGACAGUAAGCCUUUGUCCAGAAAUAAACAGAAAAAAGAGAGGAAUUUAGAUAAAAAUAUUCAGAGGAGGCAAAAUGCUCAUUCAAGCCAGAAAUAAAUGUCACUUCCGAUAUUAUCAUGGAAUCAGAUCCAAAGAGAGGAGCAGAAACUGAGGACGAAAGAUAUUAUAGACUUUAUAAAAAAGACCAUAAACGUUAAGAAAUAGUCAAAGAAAUGAUUGAAAAGGAAGUAUAUUCGCAGUAUACUUUUAAACCCUAAAUUAACAAGAUCUCGAAAACCCUGGCUAAAGGUUCAAGCAUUGAUGACUUAGCUUAUAAUCCUAAAGGAUUGUAGAAAAAAGAACUUCUCUAAGAGUAAUUUGCCACCCAGGAGGUAAAUUAUUGCACUUUCAGACCAGAGACAACCAAGAAUAAGAAAUAUGAUAAAGUAAAUUCCACAUAUAAAUUAAGUGAUGGUGAAAGUCUCGAGUAAUUUUCUAUGAAUCUAAAGUAAAAGCUAAAGGAAAAAUAGGAGAAAAUAGCCAAGGUACGAAAGGAAAGAGAAUACGAAGUGCAAAAGGAUUGCACAUUCAAGCCAACUAUUUUAGAGAAAGAACCCUCUACAUCUAAAGAUUAAGUUGUAGUUGUAAGAGGAUUAGGCAGACAUCUUGAAUUAAAGGAGCUACAAAAGAAAAAAGAGGAAGAUAAGAAGCUAAGAGAAGCAGAGGUAUUCGGACUUAAUCAUAAAUUUGCUGUAAACUCUGAAGAACUAGACAUGACUAACCCAAAUAGACCCACUUAAACAAAUACUACUCAAAUGAAUCAAACCUAGAGUGGAGCUUAUACUAUUCCAAAGCCAUUUGAUCUUUCUCAUACUAAAAUAGAGAAAAAGAAUAAGUUACUCAAGGAACUAAACGAAAAAGAAAGAAGUGAGUGCACCUUCAAGCCGAAUACUAAUGAAGGUAGAAAUAAGAAACUUAUCAAUUAAAUCCUAGAGGAGAAUGAAGAUAAGGAAAAUGAGUAUGAAUACGCAAAUAAUCAAGACUAUUUACAGUAACAAUAGUAUUAGUAAUACAAUAGUGAUGAUGGAAUGGAGCAAAACUAGAAUCCUUAAUAGAAUCAUCAAAUGCAAGAUAAUCAUAGUUAAUUUUAAAAUAACUACAACCAAAACUUGAAUUAGAUCUAUAACUAUCAUUGA